AUGGCUCUCAUCAAGUUCCUCAUCACCGCCCUCGCGGCCACCCUCAUGUUCACUUCGUCCGUCCUGGCCAACCCAAUUCCGGCCCUCACUGCCGUGACCACCCCAGACACCACUGCCAACCACCUCGAGAAACAAGCUGCUUUGGGAUCGUCAGUGCCUCUUGAUCCAGUGGGGUGUGUCUCCCUCUCUGUCUGGUUGCUAGGAGCCCAGUCACUCUCGAUUCACCCGGCGAGGGCGUGGCACAUGCUCCGGCUCUCAGACAUGGGAAUGGAAUCGAUGCUUGUGUGCAGAUCUGGUUUGCUGGCACUUAAUUCUCGUGCGGUGGAUUCCUACGUUGUAGAGUCAUCAUGA